AUGCGCGCGAACGUGUGCGCUCGACCGAGCGCGCUGACGACGCAAAACGCUCCGAACGCGCACAAGUCCAGAGGCUUCCUCCAAGUCGUCGGCGCGGCGACCAAGGAAAAGAAGAACCGAGACCUCGAGCGACUUCGCACCUUGGCGAACGCCGAGGAGACUUUCCUCGUCGCCGGGUUCAACUACAAGGGGUUGACGGUUAAGGAUAUGAUUGCUUUCCGACGCGCGAUGCCGGAGGGUGCGCACAUCAUGAUCGCCAAGAACACGCUCUUGCGCAAGGCGGUCGAGGGGACCGCGUUCGAGCCCAUCACGGAGGCGUCGACGGGCAUGAACGCGUGGGUCUUCGUCGAUGAGAACGUCGCGCCGACCAUGAAGGCCGUGAAAACGCUCACGAAGGCUUGGAAGAAGGAUGGCAAGGAGGUUGCCUUCACGGGUGCGUGCAUGGAUGGUCAGUUCAUUGCCGCAAACAAGAUGGAGCCCCUCGAGAGCUUGCCGACGAAGCUCGACCUCAUCACCCAGAUUGCGGUGGGCAUCAAGCAAGUGCCCACCAAGCUCGCGCGCGGUACCAAGGGCACCGCGAGCAAGCUUGGCUACGCGGCGCGGGCGAUCGCCGACGGCGAGAGCUCCAUCAUCUCUGCGUAA